CCUUAUUCGUAGUUCACUUGGAAGGGGCGAGGGUGGUAGGCACGGGAAUAUGGAGGAUCGCAUAGGUGCAACCACAUGUUUCCAUCUAGUGCGUAGAUGGCAACCCUCAACUUGCUCUAGAAGAGCGGUAGGAACACUGAAGCGCUCGAGCUGCAGCUUUCAAGACAGGAGAAGCACCAAAGUCGACGGGGACUACUGCAAGGCACCAUCUGGGAGAUGAUCACAGCAUGCAGUAGUCACUCUGGUUGUAAGAGUCAGAAUGCCACACCCAAUUCUCUAGUAUUCUUGGUUCCCGUCCUGUUCUUGUUACUAAAUGCAUUCGUCCAGACUAUCUUAGUCUUGCUUGAGGCUAGAUUAGAAGGGAGGCGUUGCGAUGCAAGUUUAGUCAUCUCAUCCGGUGUAUUAUUCUUUCACCUUGGACGGUAAAGAGGCGAGUUGUUGCCUUCGCCUCGCCAAGCCUCAAGGUCCAAGGAUGAAUGUAGUAUACCUGGACCUGGUAGUUAAUUCUUCAACGACAGAACUUUGCCUGACAGGCAAACAGACAGCGCGGCACGGUAGCGCGGCUCGUUUGCUGACUGACGGCUCGACCGUAUGCACUGACUGGGUCCAAAGUCAAGAUCGUCGAAACACGAAAAGGGCGAAGCAGUCCAGUCCAUUCCAGACUUUUCGCGCUUUGCCGAACGUCGUUGCUCUCCCUUUCUUUUUUGGGACGUUAGGCGGCCUCCAAUCAGGACAUGUCGAACCUUGGAUUCGGAGACGGGACUUGGGUGUAGUGGUGAUCCAUCGGCGGCCAUCUUUUGCGACCCUCGCUUUCUGUCGCCCGAGGGGCCUUGGUGGCGGCCACUUAGAUCCCUCGCAUACCCUCGCGGAGAUAGAUACGUCACGGUGCGGCGCAACCCUGCCUGAUCGCAUUGGCUACGCCGCAUUUCCCAGGGCCUGCGUUUUCGGAUGCUCACCUCGUGAGCGAGAGAGUCCAGUACCUUGGUGCGGGAGAAGACAGAAUUGGUCCAUCUGCCCCCUGUCGACGAUUCUGAGUGCAGGGGUUACGAGAGCGCAGUCAUUCCUAAAGUAGACUAACGCCGAAGAGGGAUGGGCAAGGGGGGAUUUUCAAGAGUCAAGACCAAGACCUGCAACGACUGGGGACUGGACUGCUAUGGUGUCGCCGCC